AUGACGUCGCUACCUGAGCGCCACUUACGACUGAUUUGUUUAUUUUUGCGCCCCUCGAAAAAAACAAUAUGAAUGGUUUGCUUGUCGCCGGAGCGAUUUUGAACGAAGCUGGUCUCGAAUGUCACAGAGGGCAUUUUUUUACCUUCGCCACGUGAGCGUGUUCCCUUGUGUUUGUAUUUGUCGGCGCCAAGCUAUCGUUUUGCAUCGGUGUUUGCACAUCACAGCAGAUUUUGAGGGAGACAAAUAUGGUACGCUUAGGACCGCGACCACAUAGAAGACAAAUGAUGUGCGUUCCUUUCCGUAGAUACGCGCCAUGGGUCGCCUGGACGACGCCGCCAAGCGCAAAGUGGUGGAGCUGAGGAAGGCGGGUCUGAGUUUCCGCAAGAUCAAGGCGGUGCUGGAGCUGGAGAACAUCAAGGUGUCGGCGCAGGCCAUCUACCUGUUCCUUAGGGAGUUCCAAGGCAGGCGACCGGGCCGGGUCAGGCCCUCGGAGGCGGGAAGCAAUAUGGCGGCGGCGGCGCCGGCGCACGUGCAAAAUCUGGUCGGGGGGCUCCAAGAGAGCUGGGGCGGCAUCCGUCUGCAACAUCUGCUACGAGAGGCGCCGCGCCACGCCGGCUUCGGCAAGUUGGCCAAGCGGCCCCCCGCGGCGGCGGACGGCAAGGUCACGGCUUCGGGCUGCGGGGAAAGCAGCGCGGAGAGCCAAACGGAGCGCCGGCGGCGGCAGGGCGCCGACGACAACGACGUCCAGAUCGUGAGCGUCACGUCUCUUGCGCUGAGUCAGCAAAGGGCGGCGAUGAGCGCGACUUGUUCUCCCGGAACGGCGUCCGUGGCCUGCGCCAGGAGAAGAGUGACGCCCUCCCCCGCCACCAGCUCAAUGCUGGCGGCCCGUAAGCGCAUUUUGGAUAAAGCGCUGACGCACAAGAUGAAGGUGACGUCAUUGUUGAGGAGAGAGCACGCAAAUGUCCAAAGAACUGAUUUAGCUGCCAUGUCACCACAACCAGUAGCGGCAGCAGCAGCGGCACAUUAUGAUCUGACCACAGGAAAGAGCGGAGCGGAAGCCGACGGCCCAAACGCAAGCGGGCCAUUUGUCCCGCAGCGAGCGGGCCCGUCGGCGCGCUCCCUUCACACGCCGCCGCGAGCCGGAUUCCGGCUCACCGACCCUACGGCGGCGUCCUCGGCCCCCGGGGGCGCCGUCCCGCGCCCGCCGCCCUCCGCGGGGGAGCCCGGCCAAGACGGCGGUCUUCAGGAGCAGAUCCAGACGCUGGGCUGCGAGGUGCGCAGCCUGGGCCUGGCCGUCAAGAUGCUGGCGGAGCAGCAGAGCCGCUCGGAGAGGGAGCAGGCGCGGCAGACUCGCAUCCAGAAGCAGAUCCUCAGCACCCUGCAGAGCCUGGCGUCCGCGGCGGGCCCUGGCGGCAACGCCGGGCAAGCGGAGAACAAGAGCCCCUCCCCUUCCCGCCCGCCCCCCGCCUCUUCCUCCUUCGGCCAAGACGCCUUCGACUUUACCUUCAGCCAAGCGGCCUACGAGUCCCUGGCCAGUCUGGACCCCGUCGAGGCCUUUAAACUGCCCGCCCUCAGCCCCGACGCCAUGAACGGCCUCCCGCCGUGUAGCGGAGCGGAGAACCGCCCGCUGGCUCACACGCCCCCCCCGCAGACGCAGCAGCCCUACGUGGGCGCAUACCCGCGGCAAAACUGCCAGACUCUCUUGCCGCCCUACGCCCGGUCGUUCGCGCCCGCGUACGACCGCUCGCGCCCUCAGGCCUUCGGGGAAGCGGGAAGCGAGCCGUCGGAUUUCCAGACCGGCUGCCCCGGGGGGACACUUGAGGACUGCGGCGUGCCCACGCGGGAUCAGCACCUCAAUAUUAUCAAGGUGGAAGGACCCUAGACUGAUCGGAGCAGCGCAUCAUCUUCUUUUUUUUUUAAUCCCAUAUUUAUGAGAACCAAAAUAUUCAAACUAAAUAAAUCAAUAAAUAGACGACGCAGCCA